UACAAGGAAAAGAUGAAGGAGCUGUCCAUGCUGUCUCUGAUCUGCUCCUGUUUUUACCCUGAACCUCGCAAUAUGAACAUCUAUAAAUAUGAUGACAUGGAAGUGAAACAAAUCAACAAACGUGCCUCUGGCCAGGCCUUUGAACUGAUCCUAAAGCCACCAUCUCCGGUCUCAGAAGCACCACGAACUUUAGCUUCUCCAAAGAAGAAAGAACUCUCUCUUGAGGAGAUCCAGAAAAAGCUGGAGGCUGCAGAGGAGAGGAGAAAGUCCCAGGAGGCCCAGGUGCUGAAACAUCUGGCAGAGAAGAGAGAACAUGAGCGAGAAGUGCUUCAAAAGGCUUUGGAGGAGAACAAUAAUUUCAGCAAAAUGGCAGAGGAAAAGCUGAUACUGAAAAUGGAACAGAUCAAAGAGAACCGUGAAGCUAAUUUAGCUGCUCUUAUUGAACGUCUCCAAGAAAAGGAGAGGCAUGCUGCAGAGGUCCGUAGAAACAAGGAGCUCCAGGUGGAACUGUCUGGCUGA